AUGCCUGGUAAGCUCGUCGGUAUUGUCACAUCUCGUGACAUCCAAUUCCAUGACAACGACUCGACUCCUGUGAGCGAUAUCAUGACCAAGAGAUCCGAGCUUGUCACUGCUUCUCACGGAAUCGACCUUGCUUCUGCCAACGACAUUCUCCGUAAAUCCAAGAAGGGCAAGCUUCCUAUUGUCGAUUCCGACGGUAACAUUAUUGCUCUUUUGUCGAGAACCGAUUUGAAGAAGAACCACAACUACCCUCUUGCUUCCAAAUCUGCCGACUCGAAGCAAUUGAUCUGUGGUGCUGCUAUUGGUACUCGUCCUGAUGAUCGUGAGAGACUGACCAAACUUGCUGCUGCUGGUUUGGAUUUGGUUAUUCUCGACUCGUCUCAAGGUAAUUCUGUGUUCCAAAUUGAGAUGAUCCAAUGGAUCAAGGAGAACUACCCUCAUAUCGAGGUUGUUGCUGGUAACGUGGUCACUCGUGAACAAGCUGCCAGUCUUAUUGAUGCUGGUGCCGACGGUCUUCGUAUUGGUAUGGGUUCUGGAUCCAUUUGUAUUACUCAAGAAGUCAUGGCUGUUGGUCGUCCUCAAGCUACUGCUGUUUACCGAGUCACCGAGUUUGCUAACAAGUUCGGUGUUCCCUGUAUUGCUGACGGUGGUGUUCAAAACAUCGGACACAUCACUAAAGCACUUGCUCUUGGUGCCUCUUGUGUCAUGAUGGGAGGUCUUCUUGCCGGUACCACCGAGUCUCCUGGUCAAUACUUCUACCGUGAAGGCCAAAGACUCAAGGCCUACAGAGGUAUGGGAUCUAUUGAAGCCAUGGAGAAGACCGGAUCCAACGACAACGCUGCCACCUCGAGAUACUUCUCCGAGUCGGACGCUGUUCUCGUUGCCCAAGGUGUUUCUGGCAGUGUUGUUGACCGCGGUUCCAUCACCAAGUUCAUUCCGUACUUGAUGUCUGGCUUGCAACACGGAUUGCAAGACAUUGGUGUGCGCAGUGUCGGCGAGCUCCGCGAGAAGGUUGACGCCGGACUCGUCCGUUUCGAGCACCGAACCCCCAGCGCCCAGCUCGAGGGCGGUGUCCACUCUCUCCACUCCUACGAGAAGAGACUCCACAACUAA